UAGUGGGGGAAGGGGUAGCUGAAGUUGACGAAACCGCCAUCUUGAAAAGUGCCCUCUGAUGAUCUACGGUUUCGCGCCUGUCAGAAUCACUUUUAAACGCUUUUUUCCCCCACUGGGGUUCCGUGUUAGCUCAGCGUUCGUCUUCUAAAGGCACGGGGCUAAUGGCAAGAUAAGCCACAUGCUGGAGACUCUCCGUUUACCGUUGUCUAUCGGUGUGUGCUGUUGAACUGCUGUAUGUGUGCUGUUUGUCAGUCUGUCUCUCACUGCUGUCUGCCUGCCUGUCCAUCCGGCUAGCCUGGAAUGGGCCACAACUUCCAAAGACUAAAACACACCUCCUUUUAACCUGAGCUCCUCCGUCUGGACUCCAACAUACACACAGAGCCAAGAUGUUUUGGAAGUUUGACCUCCACACCACAUCCCACAUUGACACACUGCUAGAGAAGGAGGAUGUGACGCUGACAGAGGUGAUGGAUGAGGAUGACGUCCUGCAGGAGUGCAAGGCCCAGAACCACAAAUUGGUGGACUUCCUGCUGAGACCACAGUGCAUGGAGGACCUGGUCACCUACAUCACACAGGAACCCAACACUGAAGUUGAAGAGAAGGUUAAAUACAAGUAUCCUAACAUAUCAUGUGAGCUGCUUACGUCAGAUGUUAGCCAGAUAAAUGACAGACUUGGAGAAGAUGAAAAACUGCUGAUGAAACUUUACGGCUUCCUCCAAAAUGAGCCACCUCUCAACCCACUCCUCGCCAGCUUCUUCUCCAAGGUCCUGUCCAUUCUUAUUGGACGUAAGCCUGAACAGAUCGUCGAUUUUCUGCGAAAGCAGGAAGAUUUUGUUGACCUGAUGAUCAAACACAUCGGGACAUCAGCCAUCAUGGACCUGCUACUUAGAAUGCUCACCUGCAUUGAACCACAACAGCUCCGACAGGAUGUUCUCAACUGGCUAAAUGAGGAGAAGGUGAUCCAGAGAUUGGUGGACAUGGUACAGCCUUCUCAAGAUGAGGAUAGACACUCCAAUGCCUCCCAGUCACUGUGUGAGAUCAUCAGACUGAGCAGAGAUCAGAUGUUCCAGGUUCAGGGUUGCUCAGAGCCUGACCCACUUCUGGCCACACUUGAAAAACAGGAGACGGUGGAGCAACUGUUGUCUAAUAUCUUUGACAAGGAGAAGAAUGAAUCUGCAAUCGUCAGUGUUAUCCAGAUCCUCCUCACACUGUUUGAAACCAGGAGACCAGCGUUUGAGGGUCAUAUGGAUUGCCCCCCAGGGAUGUCCCAUCCGUCAUUUUCAGUCAACCACAGCAUCCUGGAGGCUGUGAGACCCCGUCUCAAAGACUUUCACCAGCUGCUACUGGAACCCCCAAAGAAGAAUGUGAUGAAAACAACGUGGGGGGUGCUGGACCCUCCAGUGGGCAACACCAGACUCCAUGUUGUCAGACUGGUGGCCAGUCUGUUGCAGAGCAACACGCACAGCAUCAACACAGAACUCAUUAACCUCAACACACUGGGAGUCAUACUAGACAUGUAUUUCAAAUACAUCUGGAACAACUUCCUCCACAUUCAGGUUGAAAUCUGUACAGCCAUGAUUCUUGCUAUGCCCCCCGCCCCCAGUGACAUCCAGCCAGAUACAGAGCAGGAACAUGCGAGGGAGAGCAUCCUCAUCAAACAUCUGUUUCAAAAGUGCCAGUUUAUUCAGAGAAUCCUAGACGCCUGGGGCUCCAAUGAGAAAGAACAGGCGGAAGGUGGUCGGCGACAAGGCUACAUGGGUCACCUUACUAGAAUAGCCAACUCUAUAGUUCAUAACUGUGACAAAGGCCCUAAUGGACCGCAGAUACAACAGCUCAUCUCAGAGCUCCCAGUAGAGGACAGAGAGAAAUGGGAGGCCUUUAUUUCUGGGCAGCUGGCUGACACAAACAAGAGAAACACUGUCGACCUGGUAAACACACACCACAUCCAUUCUUCCAGUGAUGAUGAGGUGGACUUUAAAGACAGUGGCUUUCACCAGGACUCCUCUCUACAACAAGCCUUUUCUGAUUAUCAGAUGCAACAAAUGACGUCCAAUUUUAUUGAGCAGUUCGGCUUCAAUGAUGAAGAGUUUGCUGAUCAGGACGAUGUUGUGGAUAUUCCCUUUGAUAGAAUAUCAGACAUCAAUUUUUCACUGAAUACAAAUGAAAGUGCAAACAUAGCUUUGUUUGAGGCUCGCUGUAAAGAGAAAAUCCAGCAGUUUGAAGAUGCCGGUUCAGAUGAGGAAGAUAUCUGGGAUGAAAAAGAUGUCACCUUUGCACCAGAGGCACAGAGACGCCCCAGGAGCUCAGGCAGCACAGACAGUGAAGAGAGCACAGAUUCAGAGGAGGAGGAUGGAAAGAGAGAUCCAUUUGAAGCAUCCAAUCCCAUCACUGAUGACAGAAUGGAAGUUGACACAGGGCCAGUGUGGACAGCCAACUUUGAUGACAUCCCCAUGGACACGGGUACAUCCACAGCUCCAGCCUCCAGCCCCAGUGACCCUGCUGCCUCCUGUCCUUUGUCCUCCUCCUCCUCCUCCACCACGACUGAAGUCCUUUCUGGGGAAACAUGGAGCACCUCUCCUGCUCCCACCUCCAAUUCUGAAACUGGCUGGGCAGAUUUCUCCAACUUUACCCCUGUUAGCCCAAAAGACCCACUGAGAUGCAACUCUCCUGUUGCUAUGGAAACCAGCAUAGAGACAAUGGACCCUCUUGGGGUCAAUGCCCCCAUUCAGCCUGAAGACUGUGAUGGCUGGUUGGGAACCAGUGUGGCUUCUCCCUCCCCCACCUCACCUAAGGAGUGUGGGAAAUCUAAAGCAGAGGAGGAAACCACCUGCUGUGAGCAGCGCAGCAUCACCGAGACGGUCAUCAAUGGCUCCAUGAAAGAAACAGUCAGCCUCACUGUUGACGCCAAGACUGAGACCGCCGUCUUCAAGAGAGUGUUGAAAUCUUAUCGUGAUGAAGAGAAGAGUGCUUCUUCAGAGAAAUACUCAGUAGUGGAGUGUGUGGAUUUGGAAAGAACAGGCGUUAACACCUCUGCUGCUGCCUGCUGUCCCAAAACAGGCAGUGACAAGUGUCGGUCCACUGCAGCACUUCCCAAUGGUCCUCUAGAGGAAAUGGCAGCCAUAGAGGAAGCCAAAGUAGACCAGAGUGCCGUGUCUUCAGAGCCAGCUGUGAAUGGGCCAGCAUGAGGGUCGUCUAUUGCCAGCCAAUGGCCAGCCUGUUCUGCCACGCAGGGCCCUCCUCCUGGCUAACCAGCAGAGGCCACUGCUCAGAGCUCUACCAAUCACAUGCCCCACCAGGACCAGCAAUACUCAUCGGCUCAUCAAUGACAGUCACAGACAGGUGUACAGACACAGGAUGAACUGAAAAGCAAAAUAAGAGACAAACUCAAAUGGAUACUAGUUUUUUUCUGCUUUUGUUUAUAUACUAUUGUUCUUAUGAGGUGAUGUCCGACUGAUAUCUUGCCACUCAAAAUUAAAUAGUAAUGUUGCUAUAGUUAAAGAAAUGAUUGUAUGAAUAAAAUAUUUUAUAAAAAGACAAAUGUAUACAGAAACAUAAGAUGAAUUACCACAGAAACGGGAAUAGCACAUUGGUGACCAAAGCAACCAUAAAGCUGUUGUUACAAGAUCGAUCUGUUCUCCUGCACAGCAGCCAGACACAACAGUUGCUUUAUUUAUAACUCUUGCCCACCAUUGGUCUUUCUCUGAGCAAAGCUGCUCCUUCCAAUUGAAAAACGUUUUAAUUACCACGCACAGUUUUAUUUUGCUGCAGAUCUUCUUUGUAAAUGUUUUCACUUGUAUUCUUCUGCAUUGAGUAAGACCAAGCUUUUUGGUAUUUUUUAUUUAUUUAUUAUGGAAGUAAAAUGAUGGUUAUGUAUUGUUACGUAAGAGCCAUACAAACACUCUCUCCCCUUCUAGUGAGCUGCAUUUAUGCUAACUGGGUUCCUACCUCGCAGCUAGAAGGUUCAGCAGGAGAGAAGCAGUUUGUUGUCAGCACAGCCUAAAGUGGGAGCUGUAAAUGCUUUCUGAGGUUGAUGCUCUUUGGCCCAGCACUCUGAUUUUUUUUUUUUUUUCAAGUGCUUUUUAGACCAAUAGUUUCUCUGAGGGUCUUCCUUUUAUAUUACCCUUACAUUUAGAACAUUUAAUUGUAGGCUGACGACAGUCUGCAAAACUGUCAUUUCUUACCAGCUAUGACUAACUUCACAAAGGGACAUGAAAUAAUAAGAAAAGUCAAUUUGAUUCAGUUUGUGUUAAGAGUUUGAUGUUUUGGACAGGCUGCUGAACAAGUUCCAGGCAGCAGUGUUACAUACUUACACUGCAUUCAGACUGACAACUCUGGAGAAAGAACAGCACCUGUCUUCAAGGUAUUGUUGGCAAAUCAGAGUAACAGAGCAGAGAAGCUGUACCAUCAGACCAUUUACUAUUUUGACCAAUCAAAAUAGUGCCAGUCAACAUUCCUGGUAGAUUAGGUGACUUGUUAAAAUGGAGGAUUCAAAAUCCUUCCUUUAAAAUGUUGUGUGGUGUUUUGGUGUCUGAUAUGCCUUCAACAGUUUGAAUUAAUUACUCAAACUUCCUGCAUUGUCUUAUUUCUCAGCAGUAACCAAAGUAAAAUAUCCUCUCUAAUGUAGACCCUUGUGCAGUGAUGGUUCAUCUUUGAAGUCCAUUUUGAGUAAAGCAUCUUUAAGAGUGCUCUUGUCAGCCUGAACGCA